AUGAAACUUUCAGCCAAAUUCCCAUCCCUGGAGAAAGAAUGGGACUUGAAUCUGCUUCCAAUCACGUCUUCUAAAUCGAGUCCUGGUGCAUCACAACCCUUGAAAUCCAACUUGAUGGGGUCAUUUGUGCCAUUUGGUGGCUUCUUCCCUAUACAAACCGAGUUCGAAAACUCAUCAAGAAACUCAGAUCAAUCUGUAACUCGUUGUGACCUUUGCAACGAGAAGUAUGAGCAUGAAGUUUCCAUUGUUCUUAAAGGAGGAACAACAGUGUCUGUUGCUGAUCAACAGUCCGUGGGUUUAGCUUCUUGGUUGCAAAAUCCCGAAUCUGAUCUAACCAAAGGAAACACUGGAAUACAGGCUAUAGACCAUGGCAGUGUAUUCAAUGUCAGGGUGACCGGGCUGCAAAGGAAAUGGAACGACAUAUGUCGCCGUCUCCAUGGCAAUCCCUCAUCACCACCAAUCAGGGCCCGUUUCCAAACGGAAACGGGCUCUGAUUGGAGAUUUCAGCCCGACUCCAAACGGGCUGAAAUCAACAUCCAAGAUUCAAACCAACAAAGCCCAUGUAAAAAUCUAUCACCACCCGUCGACUUUUUUACAACCACACCAUCAUCGUCACCACCAACUUCCAUAACAACAGAUUUGGGCCUCGGAACAAUCUAUGUCGAGGCCCAUGAAAUACCAAAAUCUUACGAAAAAGAUUUUAAGCAAGUAUACAAAGCUCUUGUUGAUAAAGUCGGGUAUCAAGAUGAUUCGAUUCGUGCCAUUAGCCAAACGAUUACGCGGUGUAGAAUCGGGGACAAAAGGCGCAAUAUUUGGUUUAUGUUUUGUGGGCCCGAUAGAGUCGGGAAGAAGAAAAUCAGUCAAGCAAUUGGUGAAGUUGUGUUUGGAAACCGGGAUAGCCUGAUUUCUAUAGAUUUGAAUUUUGAAAACCAGAUACAUCAUCGGAGCUCGGUUUUUGACAGGAAAACUGUAAACUUUUCUGAUUUGUCAUUCAGAGGAAAGACCAUUACGGAUUUCAUCGGUGAAGAGUUAACCAAGAAACCUCGGUCAAUUGUUCUUCUUGAAUACAUAGACAAGGCUGAUUUUGUCACUAAAGAGAACUUAUCUCAGGCCAUCAAGACAGGGAAAUUGUCCGAUUCCCAUGGUCGGGAAAUCCGCCUCACUGAUGCCAUCUUUGUAACCACCUUGAGUAGUAGUGAAGAAGGGGACGGAAAUGGAAACGGAAACGGAAUCACCUAUUCCGAGGAAAGAAUCAUGAAUGCCAAACCCUUUCAAAUGAGAAUCUUGAUUGAAAGUUUCACGGAUCCCGGAACCUCGAGUGUACUCCUUUCACCUAUACGGUUAAAUUCUAGAAAUCCCGUUACUUAUAACAAAAGAAAAGUUAUUGAAAUCGGGGAUUUUGAGAUAAUGGUACCGGGAAUCAAGAAAUUGAAAUCGGGUUUUGAUUUGAAUCUUCCGGUUGAUGAAUCGGAAGAGAGUGAGGAUGAAACGGAAUCGGGAUCUCAAAAAGUGUGGUUGGAUGAGUUUUUAGAAGGAAUUGAUGAAAAAGUGGUGAUGAAACCGUUCGAUUUCGACUCACUUGCAGAAACGAUUUUGAAAGAAAUCAGUGUUUGCUUUCAGAAAUCAAUCGGAUCAAAUGUGUUGUUGGAGAUCGAGAAUGAAGUAAUGUUACAGAUUCUUGCAUCUUGUUGGUUAUCUGACAGAAAAGAGGAUAUAAAGAAGUGGAUUGAUAGUGUUCUGUAUAGAGGGUUUAUGGAAGCGAAGCAGAAGCAGAAACAGGGUGUCGAUGGUGAAUCCAUGGUGAAACUUAUGGUUGAAAGGGUUAUGGUUGAAGAAGAUGAUAUGUCGUGUCUUUGUCUUCCUUCAAGGAUCAUGGUGAAAUGA